UUAGAUCAUAGAUUAGAAUACCACAACCAAGUUUGAGUUGUGAAUAUCCUUGAGAGAUAUGUGAGGUGUUUUGAGAGUUUUUAGUUAGAGCUUGUAUGUCUCUUCUUUCUAUUCUUGAAAGUAAUAGAAGUGUUUUUCUCUCAUAUAAGCACGAUCAUCUUAUUCCCAACAAGUGGUAUCAGAGCCUGGUUGAGCUUUUGAUAUUUUUCCCAGUUUUUUUCAGAUAAAAUUCUACUGUCUGAAAAAUCGAGUUUUUCAGUACUGCUCAGAAUUGCAAUCUGAAUAUACCGUUGGAUUCUUCUCGUCGAGACGAGAAAACUGGUAUUUUUGGGGAUUUUUUUGGCCACCGGAAGCUGCCGUACGCGCCGCCAAACGCCGGCCAAAAACUGCCUGCGUCAUGCUGACGUCAUCACGCGCAGACAGAGGUUGAAGACAGAUGACGUCAUCGCUGACGUCAUCAACCAGCCAGAGCUGCGUCAGCGACACAUGUGCAGUCCCAGCACAGUCAGCCGCCACGUCACCAGUCAACUGCCAACUUUCACCAGCGCCCAGUCAGCUGCCACGUCAUCGCCCAGUCACCGCCACGUCAUCUGCCAUGUCACCGGUCAGUUUGUAAUUUUGAAAAUUUGCAGUUUGGUCCCUCAAUUUUUGGAAAAUUAUAAUUUCCACCUAUAAUUUUUCAAAAAUUGUAUUUUGACCCCGAAAGUGCCUACCCACCACUUUCGGCCGUUCCGGACGCAACGGUGCUGCCCGUUUUUCGAAAUUCGGCUCCGAUUUUUCUGAAACAGAAAAUCAAAAUUAUUUAGAAGGUGAAAAUUAAAUGACCUUUGACGAGUCAACUUCAUCUUCCGGAGCUAUGAUUAUGCUCACGGCUACCAACUACAUGCUAUGGAAACCUUGGAUGGAAGAUUUCCUUAGUUGUAAAGACCUUUUUGAUCCAAUAGAGAUGAAAGGUAUUAAUUCUGAUCCGGUCAAGUCAACGGAGUGGAAGAAAAUUAAUAGAAAAACUAUUGGUCAAAUCCGACAAUGGAUUGACAAUAGUGUCUUCCACCAUGUUGCACAAGAAACCGAUGCUUAUGCCCUUUGGAAAAAGUUAGAAGAUAUGUACCAGGCCAAGACCGCUAGGAACAAGGCCCUACUGAUGAGGCGUUUUGUCAAUAUGAAGCUCAAAAGUGGAACUUCUGUUGCCGAACAUACUAGUCAAUUUCAGAGUCUGGUAAAUCAACUAUCUUGUGUAGAAAUGCCACUUGGAGAUGAAAUGCAAUCUCUACUGCUUCUUAGUUCCCUUCCUGAUAGUUGGGAGACACUAGUUGUUACUCUCAGCAACUCAGCCCCAGAUGGUAAACUUACCAUGUCUGUGGUCAAGGAUGCACUGUUCAAUGAGGAGGCAAGAAGGAAAGACAUGAGCACAGAUGAGACUCAUGCCUUUGUGACGGAGAAUAGAGGAAGAUCACAAGGAAAACAACAAAGAAACAGUAGAGGGAAAUGGCAAAGCAGAGGCAAAAGUCAGGGGAGAUCUUCGGAUGGCCGGAAACCUUCUUAUACCUGCCACCAUUGCGGUAUAGAGGGUCACAUGAAGAAGAAUUGCUACAAAUUGCUAGAGGAGCGAGGCAAGAGCAAUUCUCAAGCGAAGAACAAGGGUGGUGAAGCGCUCAUCACAAUCUCAGGUGAUGUGUCGUAUUGUACUAUCAAUGACGAAGCAUGCUUUCACGUCUCAAGAGAGGACACUGAAUGGGUGGUAGAUACUGCAGCAUCCUACCAUGUUACUCCCCACAGGUACUACUUCACAACUUACAAAGCUGGAGACUUUGGAGCAGUGAAGAUGGGCAAUUCCAGUUCCUCUGGAAUAGCUGGAAUUGGUGAUGUACAAAUAAAGACAAAUACUGGGAGCACGAUCACUUUGAAGGAUGUCAGACAUGUUCCAGACCUUCGACUCAAUCUUCUGUCAGUGGUAUGUCUUGACGAACAGGGGUAUGAAAACCACUUUAACAGGGGCACCUGGAAAAUGUCAAAGGGCGUUUUGACAAUCGCUCGAGGACAUGUUUGUGGCACAUUGUACAAAACCCAUUUGAGGAUUUGUACGGAUAGCCUCAACAUUGCUGAGGAGACUUCUCAGAAUCUGUGGCACCUGAGACUCGGCCACAUCGGUGAGAAAGGGUUGAAUACCUUGAUUAAGAAGAACCUUAUCAACAUCGACAAGAAUGCUGCACUGGGUCCUUGCAGUCAUUGUCUGUUUGGUAAGCAUCAUAGAGUAUCAUUUAGUUCUACUUCAGCUAAAAGAUCAGAGUUGUUAAAUUUGGUACACUCCGAUGUCUGUGGUCCUUUCGAGGUGGAAUCAAUCGGUGGAAGCAGAUAUUUUCUGACUUUUAUCGAUGAUGCUUCUCGUAAAGUGUGGGUGUAUUUCCUGAUUACGAAGGAUCAGGUGUUCGAGAGCUUCAAGACAUUUCACGUCUUGGUGGAACGUGAAACAGGAAAGAAGCUAAAAUGUAUCCGAUCUGAUAAUGGAGGCGAGUACACAUCCAAGACGUUCGAUGCAUAUUGCAGAGAAUAUGGCAUUCGACAUGAGAAGUCAGUACCACGCACCCCUCAGCACUACGGCGUUGCUGAAAGAAUGAACCGGACUAUCAUGGAGCGUGUUCGGAGCAUGCUGAAUAUGGCUAAACUUCUGAAGUCAUUCUGGGGAGAAGCAGUCAACACCGCAUGCUAUCUUAUCAACCGAUCACCUCAGUACCACUGAACUUUGAAGUUCCAGAGAGACUAUGGACAGGUAAGGAUCCUACAUACUCACAUCUUAGAGUAUUUGGUUGUUCAUCAUAUGCACAUGUAUCCAAAGAGCUCAGGCAGAAGCUCGAUGCAAAAACUAUCCCAUGCAUUUUCGUUGGCUCCGGAAAUGAAGAGUUUGGAUACAGGUUAUGGGAUCCUAAGGAGAAAAAGGUGUUCAGAAGUAGGGACGUUGUGUUCCACGAAGAUUUGACAAUAGAAGACAUUGAAAAACCCACAAUGUCUCUGAAGUCAAAUGAGGGUGCUCAAGUUUCAAAUGAAGCACCAGAAGAGGACGAAGUGCAUGAAGAUAACUCAGAAGCAGCCGAAGAGGAGGAGACAGAAGAGAGUGCAGAGCAAGGGGAGACACAAUCCACCCCGCCAGACACAAAUGAUGGUAGCUCUUCUCAGAUGGUUCCAACUGUUCGUAGAUCUGAACGAGGGCAUAUACCAUCGACAAGGUACACAUCAUCUGAAUAUCUUUUGUUAACUGAAGAUGGAGAACCGGAGAGUUUUCAAGAAGCUAUGUCUCACAAGGAUAAAGAAAAAUGGCUAAUAGCAAUGCAGGAUGAGUUAGAAUCUCUACAGAAAAAUCAAACCUAUGAGAUCGUAGAACUUCCUAAAGGGAAGAAAGCUUUGAGGAACAAAUGGGUGUUCAAGCUGAAGAAGGAUGCAAACGGACAAGUGGUGAAACACAAAGCUCGGUUGGUUGUCAAAGGGUUCCAGCAGAAGAAAGGAAUUGACUUUGAUGAGAUCUUUGCACCAGUUGUCAAGAUGACCUCAAUCCGAGUUAUACUUGGCUUGGCAACAAGUAUGAACUUGGAGCUUGAACAAAUGGAUGUGAAGACAGCAUUUCUUCACGGAGAUUUGAAAGAAGAAAUCUACAUGCAGCAGCCGGAAGGUUUUGAGAACUCAAAUGAUAAUUUUGUGUGUAAAUUAUCUAAGAGUUUGUAUGGCUUGAAGCAGGCACCAAGGCAGUGGAAUAAGAAGUUUGACUCAUGCAUGAAGAGUCAAGGCUACAAGAAGACUACAGCAGAUGAGUGUGUAUACAUCAAGAAACUUCCAGACGGUACCUUCAUUGCUCUUCUACUAUAUGUAGACGACAUGUUGAUCGUUGGGAAAGAUGCAGUAAAGAUAAACCAACUGAAGAAAGAACUCUCUAAGUCUUUUGAUAUGAAAGACUUAGGACCGGCUCAACAGAUUCUUGGGAUGCUGACAUUCAUGUAAUUUCCAUAUUUAAAUUUGUGUUUUUAAUUAGUUUCGAGUGAUUGUUACUUUGGAAAUUACACACUUUUGGUGUAAAUAGUUUAGUUUGUAAAAUAUUUGUAAUAUGUUUAGAUUAGGUUUAUUCUGAGCUCAAACAGGUCCAAGUACACUUUGGAGACCAUUGGUGAACAUCACAAGUGCAAGGAAGGUGCAAGAAUACAAGAAAAAAAGUGAAGAUCUCGUUUUUGGUCUGUACCCGGUCAGGUAUGACCUAUACCCGGUCGGGUACCCUUCUGAAAAAUCGAAUCAAAUCAAAUCCGGGAACAAGGCAUCAUGCGGGAGGAUUUUAACACGUUCGGGUGUCCAUACCCGAUCGGGUGACCGACAGACCCGAUCGGGUAUGACCCCUUUUCCAGCUUCGAAGAAGCCACCUUUUAUACCCGAUCGAGUGAGCUGAAAGCCCGAUCAGGUACACGACCCUGCAGGCCUAAAAAGCCUAUAAAUACACCCCAUUUCCUCCACAAUAAAUCACCAAUUCCUAUAUACUUCUAAGCUCAGUCUAGACAAGUUCUUUCUUUAUUUUUUCUUCAUGUUUAGUCUCCAAAUGAGGAGCUAAACUCUUCCAUCUUGGUUUUGCUACUUUGAAGCUUAAUGAAUUGUAAGUUGUGAG